AUGAUCUCAGAUCAUCACCACACAUGCCCCUUUUGCGCCAUCGCUCAUAAAUACCCGCCCCUCCCACCAACGACAUUCCUCCGCCUGAAGAAUUCCUCCCACGAUGAUCAUUUAAAUUUAGCGGCUGCCGCGGCGGCGGCGCCCACUACUACUAUUACUACUGACAUUCCUUCCCCGGAUUCAUUUACCGAGCCGAGCAAUUCAGACGGCCCUGGCCAUGCCCAUCUCCUCCUGUCCACGAAACAUGUCCUGGCGUUCUUGGAUAUUAUGCCCUUGACGAGAGGACAUGUUUUGGUUGCUACGAGGGAACAUUGUGAGAGAUUGGGGGAUGUAAGGGUGGCUGUGGGGAAGGAGAUCGGCCAAUGGCUCCCCGUUAUCUCGAGGGUCGUGAUGCGGACCCUCUUCGGAGAGGAAGAGCAAGGGGACUUUAACUCGUCGUGGAAUUGGAAUGUCGUGCAGAAUAAUGGUGUCAGAGCUGCGCAGCAGGUCCCUCACGUUCACUUUCAUGUUAUUCCCAGGCCGCCUGAUCGGCCGGCGGAAGGGAAGGGAAAGGCUCAUUUGAGUUAUGUUAUGUUUGGGCGUGGGCAGAGGGAGGAUUUGGAUGAUGAGGAGGGGGCGAGUCUGGCUGGGUUGUUGAGGGAGGAGUUGGCGAGGGAAGUUGAGAGGGUUAAGAGGGACGAAGGGGUGGACUUGGAAGGUGAGUUUGGGGGAUUUGGGGUGGAAAAGGGGAAGCUUUGA